GGAUCUAGGGAAAAGUGAUCGUUGGCGCUCGAACAAACCGCGCUUCUCAGAAGCACCGCCAUGAUUCCCAAUUGGGAAAAACGUUUGUUUGAGACGCGAAGAUUGGCAGUUGAAGAAGAGGCAGAGCGACGUCGGAAGGGACCCUUCCCCAGUCGGCCACAAUCUGAAGAGAUGGGCAAGGAGCACGAGACGGCCAGGCGCUCCCUGUUCUCGAGCCCAAGCAUCACGGAUCAGAUCUGUUUUGAGCUGAUCCGCGAGAUGGACCUGCGUGACAGGUGGCCCAAAAACGACACAAAACACGCCGGUGAUGUGGCUUUACUAUACUAGAAGGGUUGUGUAUGAGUCGGUUCCGCUUCUAAUGUUGCAGCUUUGAUGUGAAGUUCUUAGGAUUCGGAUGGUUAGUACAUGUUUGUACAGUAACAGUAACAGUGUGUGAACAUGUUUAAACGAGAAUUCUUCAGGCCGCCUUCUCUCUCUCUCUCUGGCUGUCGGGCCCAAGAAAAUUGCUAGACUCACUUCCUC